CCGCUAAAUUAAAUCGGAAGUAAGUACGUGGCUGCUUCAGGCAGCUCAUAUUCUGCAUGAUGGCGACAGAGGUUCAGAGCGGCGACCUCAACAAUGGCAGUUCUAGCCGGCUCGAGGUCUCAAUCGAUGGCCUCACCCUCAGCCCGGAUCCCGAGGGCGAGCAGGAGCAAGUCUUUGAACCGGACCCCGUGCCCGCGGAGCAGGAGACCGAGGACCAGAGCACCGCCGAAGCCACCGACGAUGGGCAGGAAGGCGAGUCUGCCAAAACCACGAUAGAGAGGAAAUGGGGUUUUGGUUUGCUGGAGCUAUACGGACUAGCAUUGAAAUUCUUCAAAGAUAAGGAUGGGAAGGCCUUUCACCCCACCUAUGAGGAGAAGCUUCGUCUGGUGGCCCUCCACAAGCAGGUGUUACUGGGGCCAUACAACCUCGACGCCUCUCCAGAGGUGGGCUUCUUUGACGUCCUGGGCAAUGACCGCAGGAAAGAGUGGGCUGCUCUGGGUAACAUGGAGAAGGAGGAGGCCAUGGUGGAGUUUGUCAAGCUGUUGAACAAAUGCUGUAAUUUAUUCGCUCCUUACGUCACCUCCCACCAAAUAGAGAAGAAGGAGCAGGAAAGGAAACGGAGGGAGGAGGAGGAACGACAGCGCCGGGAGGAUGAAGAGCGGGAACGACAGAGACAGGAGGAGGAGAGGCGGAGGCUUGAGGAGGAGGAGAGGCUGAAGAGGGAGGAGGAGGAAAGGAGACAGUUGGAUGAGGAGAGGCUACGGGUGGAGCAGCAUAAACAGCAGAUCAUGGCAGCAUUGAAUGCCCAGACAGCGGUGCAGUUUCAGCAGUAUGCUGCCCAACAGUAUCCAGAGAGCCCUGAGCAGCAGCUGGGUCUCAUACGCCAGCUGCAGGAACAACACUACCAACAGUACAUGCAGCAGCUCUACCAAGUCCAGCUGGCUCAGCAACAGGCAGCCUUACAGAAGCAGCAGGAGGAUGCGGUGGUACAGGCUACCCUGGAGGUCACAACUGAGCCUUCAGCUGCAGAGCCCCCGGCUAGAGAGGAGGACCCCAUGCUCAACGGCCAGUCAGACUCCCACUCUGAGAGCAUGGACAAAGAGCCAGAACCCCUUGAGCCUGCCGACGAGGCCACUGAGAAUGGACCCAUGGGUACACGCACACAUCGACCAGCAGACUCUUCCCCGGUCAUCGCGGCUCCCUCCAUGUGGACGCGGCCCCAGAUCAAGGACUUCAAGGAGAAGAUCCGACAGGACGUGGACAGUGUGAUCACGGUGGGGCGUGGCGAGGUGGUGACGGUGCGUGUGCCCACCCACGAGGAGGGCUCCUACCUUUUCUGGGAGUUCGCCACGGACCACUACGACAUCGGCUUCGGGGUCCUCUUCGAGUGGACUGAUGCCACCAACGCCUCGGUCAGCGUGCACGUCAGCGAGUCAAGCGACGAAGACGAGGAUGAGGAAGGGGAGCCUCCCAGGGAGGGGGUGAAGCUUAAGAAGGGGUCAGGGAAGCCCCAGGUGGAUGAGAUAGUGCCGGUGUACCGGCGGGACUGUCACGAGGAGGUCUACGCUGGCAGUCACCAAUACCCCGGCCGUGGAGUCUACCUGCUUAAGUUCGACAACUCCUACUCUCUCUGGAGGUCCAAGAGCGUCUACUACAGAGUCUACUACACCAGAUAAGCCUGGAGAUGGACUGGGGGAGGGUGGGGUGUGCCUGUACGUUAAGAGAGUGGGAGGGGGUGAGAGGAUCUGUUCUGGACAAGACCACCAGAGGGUGACAGAAAUGUCAGACUCAGUUUGGAGAUGGGAACUUCUAUCUGUUUGUGUGUGUGCAUACACCUCGUCGGAGUUUGGGGGGGGGGUUAACGCUGUAGUCUAUUCGCCGACCUGUCUUUUCUUUCUGAGACCACCUCUAGGACUCUGUUGUAUUAAUGUCUGUCUGCCCUGCACAAAGGUCAUCUAACCCACAGUCUAUGUUCUGUCAUGUCAUUGUUAUAGCUGUGCUUCUAUCUGACUGAGACGCUUCUUAACCGGAGUUUACAUUUUUCAAGCCCACCAUGGGUAAACACAGAGCUGAAGUUCAUACAGGGUUUUGUCCAAUGAGAGAAGUCCUGGACAGAGUCCAAACAGAGUGACCCACUACACUACAGCACCAUGCCGUUGUACUAUAGCAGGAGUCCCUUAUAGACCAACACUGAGUAACACACUCAAUCGCUCCUGUAGUGGCAAUACUGCUGCAGAGAGAGCUACAUCCAGAUCCACAUGAACGCCUAGCCCCUACCACCUACACUCUACUGGGAUCUGAGAGGGUUGGAUUAUAGGCAUAAGCAAUAUGGCUUAUCUGUGCAGACUUUACACAUCUCCACAAGUGCAUAGGGAGAAGGGGCUAGGGGUAGAUUGGGUUCUAUUCUACUGAACGAGGGAUCAUUGAGAAGUGGGGAAGGGUUAUUGGUGGUGGAAGAAGGGAUAUGACAUGUACAUUGGAAAGUAUGGUUGAGGCCUUGUAAAUUUGGGCAUCUCGAAAUGGAAUGCUGAAAAAAGGUGAUUGUCUAAAGGAUUUAAUAAAUAUUUAUUUGCCCAUUCUUGUAGAGUAGGAUCAUUUUUGUGUCUGUAUAAUAUAUUUGGGUGUAUUUCAUCUCCAGUGGCCUCCCUGCUUCAGGAGACAUGUCUCUUUAGUCUGUCGAGCAGGGUUCCCAAAUCAGUGGCCUGCAGGUGAUUUUUAAUUUUUUUUUAAAUUUAAUUUAAUUUUUAUUUUUUAAUAUUUUUUAUUUUUUAUUUAUUUGGUCCCCUAAGUUUUUCUGGUGUAGGACAGAAGACUAAAAUCAACAGGAAAUCCGCUCAAAGUGAUUUUUAAUUUAGGAAAUCUGUUCCCAAGUAUUCCUACACAGAAAUAGAAAGGGAUACGAUCACAUGCCAAUGUAAUCAAGGUUUAAAAUUAUUCUGUUUUUGUCAAAUGCGUAUCUGUUUUGGAUUCUUGCAGUCAAUUUGCAGUGUACAAAUUAUAAUUGUUCGGCCUCCCGACUAUCCGCUCAAGGAGAACUGGUCACAUGGCUGAAUGUAAUGGACCCUGCUUUAGAUGCUUGCUUUUCUUUAUGGCCGCUGGUCUCAGGACAUGACAAGUUUCCAUCCUUAUAAUUUUCACCGAUCGGUCUGUCCCUAUAAGAGGGCAAGGAAAGCAAGCCAGUAAAGAGUAUUGGGACAUACCACAUGUCUGUUCAGAGGGAGACUGGGCAUUGUCCUCUAUUGGCAAUUGUGUGUUGAGUUUGUCACUAAUUUGAUUUGACUCAUACAUACGCGCUGACAGCUAACAAUCGAAGAAGAUUUUUGCCUUUUGUUUUGGUCAUUUCACUGUUACAUCUCUAUAGCAUUUUAUCUUUCAGAAGUCCACAGCCAAGCACAAUAUUGGCUGUAUUUAUGUCAUUUGAUGGAUUGAUUCAGAUUUGUCAUCUCAAAUAUGGCUUUGAACUAUCGCUAAUAAACUGGUCAUUCAUGUC